CCAAAACACAGCAUCGAGCCCUAGAAACGCGAACCAUGGACUCAGGGGGCGGAGGAGGGGGAGCGAAGGCCGCGUCGGGCUCCGCGCCGUCGGCGGCGGCGGCGGCCCCGAAUCCCACGGCGAUGCUCUCGGCUCUGAUGAGCAAGCGCGCCAAGCUCCAGGAGGAGGUCCGCUCCAUCGAGCGCCAGGUUUAUGAUAUGGAGACCACCUACCUACAAGAGUCUAAUCAAUUUGGAAGCGUGCUGAAGGGUUUUGAAUCAUUCUUGUCAUCGUCAAAAAACACUUCUAACCUGAAGCGGUCCAGGAAGUUUCAGCCUGAUGAGCGGCUAUUCUCUCUGUCAUCAGUUACCUCUCCAGCGGUUGAGGAACAACUAGCUGCACGAGAAGCAGAUGGAAGAGAGUAUGGAACAGGUCGUUCGAAGGGCGCAAGCACUCCUGCUAAUGGCCAAGGGAAACCAAAGAAGGGAGGGCGUCCUGGAGGGAGAGAUGGCAAGAGAAUACGCCCAUCUAACGAUCCGGACAUGGAUGACGAAGAUGACUACUAACCCUCGCAUGUUUCAGCCAACUUUUAACUUUGUGUUUGCGUCUAGUUUCGUAUGAUUCUUCUUUAUGUAUUGUCUUUAGCCUGUUAUAUCUUGCAAACCCAAAUGGUGAGUAGCCUAAUGUGUUGGGUUCCCAGCUCAUCUGCUCGCUUGAGCUUUGCGUCUUCUCCUCCCUUUCUUUGUAUUUGUUUUGUGUUCUGUAACAUAAGGUGUCAGUAAGUUAAUUAGACGGUAACAAGUUUUGUGGACAUAAUUCUAUUGUUUGAAAGUGACUUUUAUAAGUUCUAGUUCGCUGGGCGAGCUGACCCUGGUUCUCCCUGACGCCA